GCUACUGUUCAUCCGCGACUUCCUUCCUUCCGCGCGAUCGCAGCCCCCAUCCUCUUCCAGAUCUACUUCUCAGUGAGUUUCAUUGGCAUCGGAGCUUUCAUCCGUUGGCUUCCAAGAUUAGAUUGUCUGAACGCGCCGGCAAUUAUCCCUCCGGAGCUCAGAUCUGUGAGUGAUUUCUCUGUUUCAGCCAUCAGUAGAGGAAUUUCUUCGUUGAUAGUGGCUCGCCCUCAAUCUGAGAGUAUCGAUCCAAAGACUUUAGAUUUCAGAUCUGCAGAAUUUCAAACUUGCAGUUCAGCUCGUCAUUAUCUUUUCCAGAGAAUCCAGCUCGUCAGAUCUGCAGAAUUCUUUGGUGCUGAAGGAGAUUGAACUGAGUUCAGUGGCUGAGAGCUUUUCCUUCAAGUCCGAAAAUGACCAGGUCCUCGUGUGAUAAGCUACUUGAUCUUGAUCUAGAAAUUGAAAGGACCUUCAGAGCUUUGAGAAUUCAAGAAAAAAAUUCAGAGGACUCAGGAAGUUUUUUAUCAUCUUCAGAUACUCCAAUGGCUGAUCAUAGCAGAACAAUGAAGGAGCUUGCAGCUCCUGAUGAGGCUUUCAAGUAUUCUUGCAUUACUUAUCCAGACUUGGCAAGAGACUUCGAGCUUAGAUCUGGUUUGAUUCAUCUGUUUCCCAAAUAUCAAGGAUUAUCUGGAGAAGACCCAAAUAGGCAUUUGCAUGAAUUCCAUGUGGUCUGCUCAACCAUGAAGCCACAAGGAAUUUCAGAAGAAGAUAUCAAGCUAAGGGCUUUUUCAUUUUCAUUAACUGGAGUAGCAAAAGAUUGGUUGUAUUAUUUGCCACCAGGAUAUAUCACUUCUUGGAUUGAUAUGAAGAAGGCUUUCUUGGAGAAAUUCUUUCCAGCUUCAAGGACUGCAAUUAUCAGGAAAAGUAUCUGGAUUCAGCAAGUGGUGGGAGAGACAUUAUACGACUAUUGGGAGCGAUUCAAGAAAUUAUGUUCAAGUUGUCCUCAACACCAGAUCAGUGAGCAGCUACUAGUCCAAUGCUUCUAUGAGGGUUUACUACCUAUGGACAGGAGUAUGAUAGAUGCAGCAGCAGCAGGAGCUUUAGUGAACAAGACUCCAGAACAAGCUAGGGAGCUUAUUUCAAACAUGGCAGAAAAUUCACAACAAUUUGGAAGUAGAGCUUUGACAACGAGAGGGGUUGGAGAGGUUCAAAUGGUUUCCAAUGAACAAAAGGAGAUAAGAAGCUCAUUAUUGGAGUUAACAUCUUUGGUGAAGCAAUUGGCAUUAAACAAUGCUAAUCAAGUUUCUAUUUUACCAAGCACACAGUUUCCGUAUCAAUCAAAGGGAGUUUGUGGCAUUUGUUCAAGCCAAGACCACAAUUCAGAGUCGUGCCCAAAUCUUCAUCAAGAUGAGUCAGUAGCAGCAUUUUAUAGAGCUCAAUUUCCUCAAAAAUAUGACCCCCAUUCCUCUACUUAUAAUCCUGGUUGGAGAGAUCAUCUCAAUUUUAAGUAUAGAAACUCAUUUUAUCAGCAACCACCUUCGAAUCAGAAUUUUCAGCAACUUGAACAGGGAUUCCAGCAGCAGAAUCAGAAUUUUCAGCACCCUUAUCAACCUGCAAAUCAAUUCCAGCAACAAUUUCAGCCUUAUCAGCAGUUUCCAAAUCAAUAUCAGCAAUGGCAAUUCCAGAAUCAGGGUGUUCAGCAAGAGCAAAAUAUAAUCCAGAAUGCACUUCCAGCACCUUCAAGAUUAAGUUUGACUCAAGGAAGUUCUAAUACUCCUUCAAAUUCGGAUACACAACAGAAGAUGGAUGAUUUGAUGCAACAAAUUUUACAGCAACAACAAUUGUUUUUAUAGCAGCAGUAACAUCAGCAAAGGACAAAUUCAGCUUUGCAAAACAUUGAAAGACAGAUUAGCCAGCUAGCAAUGAAUAUAAAUCAAAUGCAAGCUCAAGGUUCAAGUAAAUUACCUUCUCAAACAAUGCCAAAUCCAAAAAAUGUGAGUACGUUGACUCUUCAAAGUGGGAAAACCAUAACAUAACCAAUAAAAAAUGUUCCAAUUGGAUCAGAUUUUGUUGCACCAAUUCUGGAUUCACAUUCAAAAGAGUUUGUAUCAAGAAAUUUGAAUUCAGAACCUACUCAACCAGUUCAGAUCAGUGGAAGAAACACAUCAGAACAAACUUCAACAAAUUUUGGUUUAGUAGAACAAGAUGAUUCACAAUAAACUCCAAAUUCAGCUCAAAAUAUAGAGAGAGAAUCACAACAGCAAGGUAUUGAGGUUUCUGUUCCAUUACCUUUUCCUCAAAGAAGAGUCCAGCAAAGUAAAAAAUGUUGAGGAAGAGAAAGCUAGGGAAUUUCAAGAACUCGUAAAUUUGUUUAGCAAAGUGGAGGUGAAUGUACCCUUGUUAACCAUGAUAGAACAAGUUCCAAAAUAUGCAAAAUUUCUCAAGGAUGUAUGUUUGCACAAGAAGAAAUUAAAGGGGAAUGAACUAGUUAGCAUGGGAAAAAAUGUUUCAGCCCUUAUUCAACCCAUUUCUCAGAAGUGUGAUGAUCCAGGAGUUUUUACCGUGCCAUGUACUAUUGGAAAUUAUGUGUUUGAGGACGCUAUGCUGGAUUUAGGAGCUUCUAUUAAUGUAAUGCCGAAAUCAAUUUUUCUAUCAUUGGGAAUUGGUCCUCUACAGCCUACGGGAGUUGUUAUUCAGUUGGCCAACCGUAGUCAGGCUCAUCCAACUGGAGUGAUUGAGAAUGUUUUGGUUAAAGUGAGUGACCUUAUAUUUCCAGCUAAUUUCUACAUUUUGGAUAUGGAAGGUGAUAUAUUAAUGAAUAGAGCUCCAGUCAUUUUGGGAUGACCGUUCCUUAAGACUGCAAGAACUAAGAUUGAUGUGCAUGCGGGAACUCUAUCUAUGGAGAUUGUCAAUGUAGUUGUUCAAUUCAGUAUUUUUGAUACGAUGCAACAAAAGAAGAGUCAUUCUAUUUUUAGUGUUUAUAAAUCCGAAUGGUUGGAUACUAUUGAUUUUCUUAUUGAUUAGGAUUCUGAUGAAGUUAUCUCAGGCUCUAAUGAAUUGGGAUAUAAAUCUAAACAUUCUGGAGGUUGUAUUGAUAACAGGGAAAUAGUUGAGGUAAGACCUAAUUGUGGUCAAACUUCAGUGGAUGAAGAUAUAAGUGUAGGGGAUUGCAUGGAAGCAUUACCCCAAGAAUCACCAAGAAUUGAAUCUAUAAGUGUAGGGGAUUGCAUAGAUGUAUUACCUCAAGAAUCACUACCAUUCGUUGAACAUUCAUCAGAACUUGAUAAGAAAUCACAGGAAAUUUCAAAGGACAUUUCAGAGGAAGUUGUGAAGCCAGUAAGACAACCAAAGGAACUGACUAACCCAUUGAAUUCUUUUUGUGUUAGCAAUAUUUUUUCUAAUGGUGUUAUAGAGAUGCAGGAGGUGUCUACUGGUCAACCUUUCAAAGUGUAUAGCAACCAACUUAAGAAAUUUCUUCGAGGGAGGAAAUGAAUCAGAGUGGAGAUAGUGAAGCACGUUGAUACUAUCUACCUAAAUUGAAGGGGAGUUCGUUCCAACUUAGCUUUUGUUUUUUGCUUUCACACAAAUAAUAAUUCUUUGCUUUCACAACUUAGCUUUUAGUUCGUUUCUUAUAGGUUGUUUAGUUGCUUAAUAAAUUCUUUGUUUACAAAUAAUAAAUUUAGUAUAGGGAAAUAAAUUCUUUACUGUUUACAAUUUCCUUAUAGAACUAAGUUUGAAUUCGGAAUAAAAAAAUGGUAUCCCUUGGACAAGUUUUCCUAUAAUAUGUUAGAAGUAGAGAAUGUGAGCUAUAUUUGAGAAUCUAUUUUGGGCUUAAUGUCAUAAAUGGACUUUUAAUUUUCUUAAGGUUUCUACUUAAUGAAGGACACUUGAUUGGUAAAUUGAAAUGAUACUUUUCAUACCUAGUGAGGAUGAGCCUUAAUUGAGUGAUGCACUUGUGUUAUUACACUCUAGAACUUGCUUGAUUCUUUCAAAACCACAAUCCAAUGGAUUAAAUCAUGUUUAUGAAGGUUAAUCACUUUGCUUAAUUUUCUCUUCCACACAAAUUAUGGCUAUUCUUUCUUGAUAAUCAUCAUAUCAAUUUAUGUUUUCUCAUUUGUAAAUCUCGGAUAUGGAUACAUUAAGUGUUAUAUGAUGGAUUCUUUGGCCAAGAGAACAAGGAUUCAAGUGUGGGGGAAAUGUGAAAUGGUUUUGAAUGUUUGGAUGCAUUUGUUAAUGGCUAAAAAUUUAAUUCAAGACAAGGAUGGAAUUUUGGAAGGAUGUACUAGAGUUAAAUGUUAAAGGCUGUAGAGUUUGCAUUAGUACAAUUCUAUGGGUUGAAGUUUACAGAAUUUCAGAACUUAGCUGUACUAAAUUGGUUGUAGCUUGUGAAAUCUGCAGAUUCCAAGUAAUUUGAAUUGGUGAACUUGGAAGUAUCUGCUAUGUGCUUUAUGGAUGUUCAGUAUUGAAGUUGUUGACUCGAGCUCUUGGUUACUGAGAGUUGUGUAAUUUCUGCAACUUUAACUCAAACUAUUUGAAGACAUAUGCUGAAGAAGGUUCAGAAAUGCUGGAAUCCGAAUAUUUUGUUGAUGUUGCUACCCAUGGUGUUGUGCUAUAGCCUUCAAAUGACUGUGAUAAGGAACAAGUGAAAGGUCUUGAUGAAUCUGUUGUUGGAUACGUUUGCUGGAUCCAAUGCUUUGUGUUGAAACUGAUGUGGAUGGAAAAUAGAAAUGCAGUGCUAAGUGAAACAACCCUUCUGAGUUCUUUGGAUUUCUUGCUAAUGAAAUUCUGAAAUACUGAAUUUGCAAAUGCUAAAAGAGUAAUCUGAUUAUUGCUGAAAAUUUCAGCCAAUGCAGAAUUCAGGAAGUGCAGGAUUGUGUAUCAAGAUGUAUCAAAGAUCAAGAACAUCACUUAAAUCAGUGAAGAAAUAAUCUAAAGCUAUUGAAUAUUUAGUGACAUAUGGAGUUCAAUUACUUUCCAUGACUUCGACUGUGACGGCUUGUUUUGGAAAUGCAGGAAUUCCUUUAACUUCUUUGAAUAUGAUUUUACAACCCUGGAACCUUUGAAACUGAAUUUUGGGAAUAUUUAGCUGGAUCCAUUACUUCGAUUCUGUUACUUCAUUGCAGCAACAAGCUGAAACAUAGAUUUUCAGAAACUCUGAAGUCUGAUCAAGCUACUGAAAAUUUCUGAAUGCACAAAAGAACUUAAGGAACUAGAACUUAAACAUUCACUUGCAGGAAUUCAGAAGUGAAUUGCAGUUUUGAUGAUGGAAAAGUUUGUUGGUUUCUUGACAGUUACACAGUAGGGGAAGACAUCUAUUGGCUAUUACCUUGUGAGAAUCAGAGGUUGCAAAGAUAUUGCAUAGUGAUGCAUUAAAGAGUUCUGUUUUGCUAGAAACUGAGUUAUAAAGGAUGAAUUGUAUUCAAGAAAUAUUCAAGAUUGUAUUAAUAUAAAGGAUUGUAUCAUAAGCUUUGGAAACAAAUGAUUGCAGUUGAAGAUCGAGUUUCCUUAAUGUCUUUCUUAUCAUAUACAUUCUGAAACUGAAAAUGAGUGAAGUGCUAAUCUGGGCAGUGCAGAAGAAAUGAAUUUCUGGUCCUUGCUGAAUUCUGAAGGUAGCUGAUCGAAAUGUGAUUCUAGUAAUUAUUUGAUAUGUGAAGUGCUAUUGACAUAUGUUUUUAAGAGAUUCUAAAAUAGGAAAAAAUAUUGACACUGUAAAUACAGAAAUCUGCAGUUUUCUGUGCAGAUUCUGUACAUUUUUGGAAAAUGUGUUAUAGCAGACUUGGGUUGUUUAUAUCCGGAAAUCUUUGGAGGAUGUUUUGAUAGGGAUCUUAAGAGGCCAGUUGAAUAUUUAUUGUAAUUUUUGGAGGUUAGAUGUUGUUAAAUUGAUACAAAUUCAGAGAGACUGUACAGGAAAAAUAGAAAUCCUGUUUUUGUUGUGAUACUGAGUUAAAAGUUAUUUGUUCAUUGAGAAUUUGGAAGCUAGUUGCUUGUGUAGUGUUGACAGAAGAAGAUCUUACAUCUCCUUAGCUUUUCUGAAUAUUUAGACUAAGAUUUGAUACAAAACAGGAACUCAUAUUUAAUGGUCAGAAAUUGUAAUGUUCACAGCAGCUGUACAGUUCUUGUAACUUUUGUCUGAUCUAAAUGGGGAUUGAUUUCAUCUUUUUACUGAUUGAAUGUUAAAUGAGGGAAUUGGACGAGUUUAACUAUUCAGUCCUCAAGCUAGAAUGACUUGGAAUUCCAAAUCUUGAUACACUAGGCUAAUCUCUUGAAGUUGCAGAAAGAUGCAGGUAAUCAAGGAAGCAGAACACAACAGAAAUUACAAAUCUGUUCCUAUUGUUAAUAUAUCAAUUUGAAGAGCACUUGUUGAAUUUCAUUGCCCGAGAUGAGCAAAGAUUUAAGUGUGGGGGAGGGUGUGUAGUUUUUAUUGAGUACUUUGGUACAAGAUGGAAAUGCUGAAAUCUGCAAGUGAUGUGCAGAAAUGGGAACAAAGCAACAAAAUAGAAUUUGAAACUGUUACUUAUCUGUAUUGCUUUGAAUUGGAUAAAAGGAUUAGGAUAUGGAAGUUUAGACAAGAUUAGAUGACUUGGAUUCAAAAUCUGUUAUAAGUUAGUGAUCUGAAAAUUCUGAAGAUUGAGUUUGAUACAAACUGUGAAGGCAUGUUUUAGUUUAGAUUCAUGAAAUACAUAGAUCAAUUCCAUUUUAGAAGUUUUGUAGAUACUGAAAGUGGGCUCAUAAUGGUUUUGUAAUGCUGAAUCAGUAGCAUUAAGUGCUGGAAACCAAAAUUCAAUACCUGAAAUUCCUUGAAUCAACUUCUGAAACUUAGUCUAGAAAUUCUUGAACUGUUCUUGAUGAUUCUUGAAACUGGUACAUUUGAAAUGAAGUUAGGAAGGAAGAAAAUAAGGAAGUAUGGCUGAAAUUCAUUAGAUAGCAUUUUUAUGUAUCCAUGUCUUCCAUUGGAACUUAAAUUCAUACUUUCUUUCUUGUCUUUUCUUUGUUGCUAAUUCUUUCUUUUCUUAUCUUUUCUUGCAACUAAUGCUUUAAUGUGCACUUAAUUCAUAUCUCCUAUUUCUUCAUGAUUAACCUUCAUAUUGUGAUUUGUAUCAUGAUCAUGGUAGAGAGUAGAAGAUAAGCAAGCUUAUGGUAAGGUAAGAAGCACAAGUAGCAUGAGUGCCCUCCAUUUUUUGUAAUUACAUGUGAGAUAGGAAGAGGGCCACAAAAACUCUAUCUUGUGAGGUUUUUAGUGUGAAAUCAAUUUCAAUUUAUUCAUGAUUGAUGGAAAUUAUUAUGUUGUUAACCAAGAGUAAAGUUUGAAGUCCACGAAUGUUUGAGAUUUUGAAAUGUGAUAAUCUUAGAUAGUUUACUUUCUUUAUUUUCUAAUCAUAUUUAGGAAGUUGUUUAGGGAGUGUCAUUUAAGUAGGAUUUUUAGUCUUUCUUUACUCGCACGAGACGUGCAAGAAUAAGUGUGGGGGAUUUGAUAAUUGUCAUUUAUUGAUGUUAUUAUAGCUCUUAUAUUCAGCAUUUUCUUAUCCUCUCGUGCAGUUAAAUGUUGUUUAACAUUAUGUUUUACAAGUUAGGAUAUUAUUUGGAGCUUUUUAUAAUUUUUCCCUAAUUUUGGUAAUAUUUCAUGAUUUUUGUAGGGAAUCAAAAGAUGAGAUAAGAAGUUGGUUCAACUUAUUGGAUGAUGAUUCACAUUCAAUUUGACUCCAACUCAUUGAGCUUGAACCAAAUCAAAUUCCUCUCACCAAACCCUAAACCUCAUUUGAACCCAACCUAAACUCACUGUUCACCCGGUUCAAAAACAAGUAUAAAACCCAAUUUCUUCGCGGAUGAACAGUGGCUUGCGCUACUGUUCAUCCGCGACUUCCUUCCUUCCGCGCGAUCGCAGCCCCCAUCCUCUUCCAGAUCUACUUCUCAGCGAGUUUCAUUGGCGUCAGAGCUUUCAUCCGUUGGCUUCCAAGAUUAGAUUGUAUGCACGCGCCGGCAAUUAUCCCUCCGGAGCUCAGAUCUGUGAGCAACUUCUCUGUUUCAGCCAUCAGCAGAGGAAUUUCUCCGUUGAUAGUGGCUCGCCCUCAAUCUGAGAGUAUCGAUCCAGAGACUUUAGAUUUCAGAUCUGCAGAAUUUCAAACUUGCAGUUCAGCUCGUCAUUAUCUUUUCCAGAGAAUCCAGCUCGUCAGAUCUGCAGAAUUCUUUGGUGCUGAAGGAGAUUGAACUGAGUUCAGUGGCUGAGAGCUUUUCCUUCAAGUCCGAAGUGAGGUUUCAUUAAGGAUCCUUCUGUGAUGGCAAGGAGAGGCUUGUUAGAAGAGUAGAUUUGAUUAGAGAUGGCUUAGAUUUUAGUUCUGCAGUUUAUUGUUUCUGCAUCUUUGUUUUCUUUAGAUUUUGUCAUCGAAUUCGUUGUUUCUUCAAAACUGAACUGAGUAGUUCUAGUUUUGUUCCUUUAGAUCUCAUUUCUGCAAUUAAAUUUUGUUUCUCUUA